GAACGCCUUCCAACCAAUCAGACGGAGUCUUGGAGGGCGGAGUCGCGUGGUGCACUCUGAUCAAGUUUGUACGCCCUACACCACAUACAAAACAGCACCUGAGAGAAGUUCUGCUUGUACUGAACUGAGUGAAUUAUUCAACACGUACAGACUCUGAAAGUUAUGGGGAAAGAUCCGAAUAAGCCGAGAGGGAAGACCUCGUCCUACGCCUUCUUUGUGCAGACAUGCCGGGAGGAGCACAAGAAGAAGCACCCGGACACUGCGGUCAACUUCUCCGAGUUCUCCAAGAAAUGCGCCGAGAGAUGGAAGACCAUGUCUCCUAAGGAGAAAUCAAAGUUUGAGGAAAUGGCCAAAACCGACAAGGUACGCUACGACCGGGAAAUGAAAAACUACGUGCCGCCUAAAGGUGCCAAGAAGGGCAAGAAGAAGAAGGACCCGAAUGCACCCAAGAGACCACCAUCUGCAUUCUUCAUCUUCUGCUCCGAUCACCGGCCAAAGGUGAAGAGCGAGCACCCCGGCAUCUCCAUCGGCGAUGUGGCGAAGAAGCUGGGCGAGCAGUGGUCCAAACUGUCAGCCAAGGAUAAAACUCCGUACGAGCAGAAGGCCGUGAAGCUGAAGGAGAAAUACGAGAAGGAUGUUGCCGCGUACCGUGCCAAGGGAGGCAAGACAGACGGUGCGAAGAAAGGCGGACCAGGGCGGCCAACGGGCAAGAAAGCAGAAGUCACAGAUGAUGACGACGACGACGAGGAAGAGGACGAGGAGGAUGACGACGACCUGGAUGAUGACGAUGAUGACGAUUAAAUCUAUCAGGAAUAUUUUGUGCUGAUUUUGUUUGCAAUGUGAAAAAACAGCGUUUUGUUUCUUUUUUUUAAAAAAAAAAAAAAUACAUUUUUUUCCCUCUUUUCCAAAACAUGUACAGAGAUGUGUAUAGAUUAAAUACAUUCAGGUCAUGUACUGUUUUGUACAUUUAACAGCCAGUUUUGUUAAGCACUGCCUUUUUUUUUCUCCUCUCUCGAGCUGUGGUUUCUCUCUUUGUCUUUAUUAAAUUUGUUUCCACUGGCAUUUUAAGGAAAAACGAGGAACACGGAUGUGUAGUUUAAUCCUCCAUACAAUUUUUAGAUGUUGAGCUUUUGAAAUAUUGUGUAGACGUUUUUUUAUAAUAAAAUUUUGUAUAUUAUGA